AUGGCUCGCUGCAACUCUAGAUCUCUCCACAUCCUGGUUCAGUUGUUAUCUGUCCUGAUCCCUCCUGUAAGCCCACUCUCUUUCAACUUCUCUGGCAAUAAACUGGGCAUACCAAACUUAAACUACUCUGGCGACGCCUACUUUGACGGCAGCAUCAUCCAACUGACCAAGAACCAGGUGGGCUCUUCCCUUGGCAGCAGCGUUGGAAGCGCCACAUAUUCUGAACCGGUGUCUCUCUGGGACAAAGCUUCAGGAACGGUUGCCGACUUCACAACAAAUUUCAGAUUCUCUAUCAAUAGCUUGGGACAACGAGUAAGUGGCGAUGGGCUUGCCUUCUUCCUCUCACCCUUUCCUUUUGAGGAGCCAUCGAAUUCAUCUGGUGGAACACUUGGACUAUUUAAAAAUCUUGGCCAGAGCAUAUCGAAGAAUGAGGUCGUGGCUGUCGAAUUCGAUAGCUUUAGGAACCUUGAGUACAAUGAUUCGAGCUUCAACCAUGUGGGCAUCGACAUUUGGUCCAUCGUUUCCAAAACACAAGUGGACUUGAAUGCUAACAUCAGAGGGAAUGUACAAUUCAUUGCAUCCGUCAGCUACAAUGCUGUUACUCAAAAUUUGAGUGUCUUCCUCAGUAAUGCUUCGGAUCCUCGGAGGAAUUGGAGCCUAUUUUAUGUUGUGGACUUGAGGAAGUACCUACCCCAGAAUGCAGCGAUUGGUCUCUCAGCCGCCACCGGGGCCCUUUACGAGACGCAUAGCAUCUAUUCCUGGGAUUUCAUUUCCUCCAAUUCGAGUUCUCAAUCUAAGAAGAAGAUCAGUAACGUGAGAUCAGCGGUGGGGCUUGCUGUUGGUAUUGGAAUCUUGCUAUGUGGGUUGGGUUUUGUCUGUUAUGCAGUAUGGCGUAAGAGGGCCAGUGGAGGGAUGGAAGAAGACGAGAUGGCUCUUGAAUUGUCCAUCAACGAUGCAUUUGAGAGAGGUGGUGGUCCUAAGAAAUUUUCUUUUGGUACCUGCUCAUUAACAUCCGCUAUGAGACCAUCCGGCAGCUACAUGCCAGUCUCCACUUUCUAA